AUAUUAACAUCUUAUUACCAACACCCUAUUUUUACGUUUAUCAUCUCUCUUUGGGCCAGAGGAGAGAGAGGAGAGAGAGGAGAGAGAGAGAAGCCAGAGCACGAAAAUCGAGCAACAAUGGCUGCUUGCAAUGUCAACUCAGUUUACUCAGCAGCAUCUGUUUCAGCCAUUGUUGCACAGCCAAAGCUCCAAUCCCGUACGUCUCUCUCCCGAUAUAAUCCCAAUCCAAAUCCCAAAUUCCCCAACAUUCUCCUCUUCUCGUCUCGUGGCGUUGACCUAAUCUCGCGUCGAUCCUCUAGAACUCCGAAUUUCCUGGUUUUGGGGAGUUCUAAGGCGGAGCCGCUGAGAGUGAUGAUAUCUGGGGCUCCUGCUUCUGGUAAGGGAACACAAUGUGAGCUCAUCACUCAGAAAUAUGGCCUGGUGCAUAUUGCUGCUGGAGAUUUGCUUAGGGCAGAAAUUGCAGCUGGGAGUGAGAAUGGGAGGAGAGCAAAGGAGUGCAUGGAGAAAGGACAAUUGGUUCCAGAUGAGAUAGUUGUUAUGAUGGUGAAGGAGCGCUUGUCAAAGCCGGACUCUCAAGAAAAAGGCUGGCUUUUAGAUGGAUAUCCUAGGAGCUCAUCACAAGCAAUUGCUCUCAAGGGAUAUGGGUUUGAACCAGAUAUUUUUAUUCUUUUAGAU